ACAAGAUGGCGGCCUCCGAGGAAAGACAGCAUGGGUUGAAAUUCAAAAGAAAACGAAAGAAAUCUUUUCUUCAAAAUGCCAAAGGGUUUGGUAAAAAGGGAAAAUAUGGUCAUGGGACACAAUUGGACCAGGACACAUAUGAUUACUUCAUUCGUGUGUUAGAAUUGCUCAGAGGAGACUUUGACAAUCCUGAGGAUAAAGAAUCUCUGGUUAAAAAUGCGUUGGACCAAACUGAAGGGAGUGAGGUCGACCAGAGCAGUAAUCAAGUGGGAGCAAGAUUGAUCGAAGCUCUGAUUAAGCUGGCUCCUCCUUCAGCGUUACCACGAUUCAUGGAUAUAUUUGCAUCCAACUUAAGAGUUGUUGCAACUAAUAGAUUUGCAAGUCAUGUACUUCAAAGCUUAAUAGCAACUGUUUCAAAGUUUGCUCUAGAUAGAUUUAAUAAUAAGAAAACCACUGAAAAUUCUCUUGAAAGUUCUGAUGAAAAUUUAACUGAGGCAAUUGCAACUGAUUGGGUGAUUAAAAUAGCAAAGUUUGCUUUAAAUAAUUUAGAAGAGUUUUUGUGGGAUGAAUAUGCAAACCAUGUUAUCAGAACAGUACUACUUAGCCUAGCUGGUAUUCCACCCAGUGACACAGAUUCCAAUUGGGCCGCCAAUCAAAAACAAAAAGGCUCUGUACCAGCAGUGUUUUCAUCAUCAUUUUCAAAAACUGAAGAUGAACCAAAGGAAGAAGAUUUUCCACUUCCAAAAGGUUUCUCAGAUGUCUUGAAGGACUUCUUCAAACGCAUAUCUUCCCUUCCCCAAUUUUCUGAACUAGCUUAUAGCAACACUACUUCGGCCCUUCUUCAGACGUUGCUCACAGCCUUAUCAAAAGUCCAUCCAAAAUUAAAAAAGAAACUCAUCAAACAACUUAUUGAUCAAGCAUUUUGUACAAAGAUAACUGAGGAAGACGACAAGAAGGAUUCAGAGGAGACUCCAGGAAUAUCCCCUGUCUUUACCACUGAUGCAUCUAUAAGACUUUUAGAGGCAGCAUUAGAACACGCUUCGACAAAAUAUGUUACUCAAAUUUAUGCAAUGUGUUUUAUGGGUCAUCUCAUUGACUUGGCCACUGACUUAGCAACAAAUUUUUGUGUUCAGCGACUUUUAGCAAGCAUAAGUGAUAAGAAUGAGUUUGAAGCGCUGUUUGAUGAAAUUGCACCUGGAAUAGAUAAAAUUAUUGCCAGUGGUAAAAGUGGGGUAUUACUUGCACUCUGCCAAGCUUGCAAACGCUUAUCAGCAAAGCAAGGGCCAUUCAUUGAACAACUGAUGAAAGCACUGGACUGCUAUGAACCUGCAGAUCGUCGCCCCCUGAUCACACCUUUGUGUGUAAGGCUGUGCACCUUUGAAGCUUUUAAGACACCGGAAAAUGUCACACCUUCUGAACCUGUAGCAAAGGAUGGAGUGUCUAAGUCAAAAUUUAACCUUCAUGGCUCCCUUAUAGUUCAGAGUAUGCUUACUUUCAACAAACCAAUCAAGAUUGUUAACAGUUUACUAGAAAUGCCGGGUUCAGAACUAAAAACACUCAUGUGUGACACAAAAGGUUGUCAUAUAAUGGAUGCUUUUGUUAAAAGUGAAUUUGUUGGUGAGAAGAGCAGAGAACGUCUUCUUCACAGAUUAUUGGGAUCUUACGUUGCAUUAGCCUGCUCUAAACAUGGAUCUCGAGCGUUAGAAGCUUUAUAUGGUGUGUCCUCUUUGAAAAAUCAGAUGAAAAUUAUGGAAGAACUGGCUGGCAGGGAGAAUCUUGUGACAGGAACAGAUUCGGGUCGCAUAAUUGCUAACAAAUGGUCCCUAGAUUUGUUCCGCCAUAGAAGAAAUGAGUGGAAGCAGCUACAAUCUCGUAAAGAACGUACCAAGGACAUGUUUGCAGAUAUUAUAGGACCAUCUAAAUCAUAGUUCUUACCCUUUAUAAAUGUUAUAGCAAAUAAACUUCUACUAAAAAUAAA